AUGUUCAAGAGUCGUAGCGAAGGAAAUGUUGUUUAUAAGUGCACGGUUCGAUUGUUGGAGGAUUUAGACGUCUUAGAAUGUGAAUUUCAGCCACACCACAAGGGCAAUUUUUUGCUGGACUAUGUAUGCGAACAGUUGGAAAUCAGCGAGAAGGACUAUUUCGGGCUUCGAUUCGUGGACUCUGGCAAGCAGAGGCAUUGGCUGGAUCUUGCAAAAACGAUUAUCAAACAAGUAAAAGAUGUGGAACCUUUAAUACUAUCCUUCCGUGUAAAGUUCUAUCCUGCCGACCCCUGCCGUCUAACGGGCAACGGAAAGGUGAUGCUUUUUCAACAGCUGAAGCGUGACUUACGACAUGGACGGUUAUACUGUUCUAUUGGAGAAGCUGCCGCGUUAGGAGCCCUCAUAGUUCAAGACGAGCUGGGUGAUUUCGAUCCCGAAACACACACAGGGGAGUAUGUUUCUUCACUGAAAAUCGCUUUGCGUCAGUCGGAGCAGCUGGAGAAGAAAGCUAUGGAACUGCACAGAAAGCGUGAACCCGGUCAGGAAACGGUAGCGGCUUACGACGAAUUCGUUGGCAUCGCGCGUAGCUUGGAGACCUACGGUAUUGAUCCGCAUCCAGUUAAGGAUCACCGAGGCACACAGCUCUACUUGGGAAUUAACUUUUCCGGAAUUAGUACCUUUGCUGCAGGACGGAGGGCACAACACUUCCGGUGGCCAGAGGUGCACAAGAUCAAUUUCGAAGGGAAGAUGUUUAUCAUUCAUCUUGCCUACACGGACGAUCGACGUGAGGUGAAAAAGCACACGGUAGGAUUCAAAUGUCCAUCGGGAUCUGCUUGUAGAUAUGUAUGGAGAUGUGCCAUUGAACAAAUGUUAUUCUUUACUCUUCCAACAAGCCAACAUGCGUCAGUAAUGUCCGGGGGAGGAUUCUUUUCCUGGGGUACCAAGUUUAGAUAUUCCGGUCGAACCGAGCGGGAGAUUCUUUCAGAAUCGCUCAAUGCGUUGCGUCAGCAGAAGAUGAACAAUACAAGUCCCAGCAAGAGAAAAGCACAAAGUGUACCGGCCACACCAUCCAGCCCCCAAGGCGAUCUAGCGGAAAUCCGUAAGUCGCGAUACAGCAGCCUUCCUCGGUCGACAAUGUCGGAACCAUUGGGCGGUUGCAACGAUCAUAUGGCUUCAUCCGUUUACUGUCCAGAUAACGCACUGCCAACGCUGGAAACUGUCUCGGAGGAGGCACGCAAAACAAACGGUGAGAGCAAUGACCAUCUGUCGGAUUACUACUUUCGCGAUUCAUUUGAUCAUUCGUCGUCUGAGUCAGGGUUCGCCAGUAAUGCGAUUGAAAACCGCCUCGGAUCGCAUCUGCACCAUCGCCAAACAUAUACUUCCGAUAAUAUUUCGUCGCUGGCUAUGCACAGUAUGGCGAAUAAUUCAACCAUUGUUCAGCAACAGAACGCCAGUAAUAGUGCAAAGAAUCUGAAAAAGUUCUCCCUCAUCCAAGCAUUUGUUCCAUCGUUUUUCUUCGUCGUUGUGGUGUUGGCCGUAUCGGCUGUGUAUAUUCUAGAAUCAGAUUCGGAAAUGUUCAGUACGUUGAAGAACUGGCCGGAGAUGAUUUGCUUACGCUAUCAGUACUAUCAGCCUCUGAAGGAAUUUUUGACGAAAAAGUUUGGUGCUAUAUUCUGA